UCACCGUAUCACUGUCCGAAAAAGAAAACAGAGAAGACGACUUUGUUAAGCGGUGUGUCUUCAAGUGUCGUGCAUGCAUUUUAUGCAUCUGUUUGCUUUGCAUGCACUCUCUCUCUCUCUCUUCUCUCUCUCUCUCUCUAUCUCUCUCUCUCUCUCCCUCUCAUAUACCCAUAACGCAAAACUAACGCAGGCACGCUGUUUUGGUCUUUAUAUAUCUCACCUUCCUCCUCAAAAAUCCAAACCCCCGUUACGUUUUACUCACCUCUGCUUUAACUGCCGCCACCACCACCUUUUAACCCAGUUCACUCUCUACUGGGUGCGCGGCUCUCUUCAUCUCUUGAUUGAAUCAGUGUUCUCAAGAUUUGGGUUUCACUGAUUUCAACGAGGUUGGUCACAUUCCUUUACUAUCAUCACCAUGAUGAUGCUGUAUUGUGCAUGUUUUGAACCGUUUGUUUUUCAUGAUUGAGAUGGGGAAGUUUGAUUUUGAGGGAGGUGGGGGAAGUCAAAUGGGGUCAAAGAUUUGCAUGAACACGUCAUGUGCGACGGCAACGACUCAUGAAUGGAAGAAAGGCUGGCGUCUGGGAUCUGGCGGAUACGCUGAUCUCUGCUUCCGUUGCGGAUCUGCCUAUGAGAGUUUCAUUUUCUGUGAUACAUUUCACUCAGAAGAAUCUGGUUGGAGGAAAUGUUACUUUUGCAGUAAGCGUCUUCACUGUGGAUGCAUAGCCUCAGAGUCUUUAGUUCAGCUCCUAGAUUAUGGUGGUGUUGGGUGUACUGGUUGUGCAAAGAGCUCUCAGUUGAAUUUGGUAAGGAGAAAUGAAAUAUCUCAUGGAUUUGGUGGAUUAACGAUAAAUACUACCAAUAAUGUACAAGUCAUCGGUGCUGAAAAUGGUAAUAAUGUUGAUGGAGAAAGACUGUCUCAGUUGUGCAAAAUUAUGGAGGCUAAUGAACCUGACCUCUUUCCUCAAUCUCAAAGAGGUGAUACAAAUGUAUCUUUCAAUCAAGACAGGCAAGGAGAGUUCAUGCAUCCAAUUGGGGAAAUUGGCACAAGUUUAUCAAAUGCAAUUAAAUCAUCAAGUGGAUCAUCUAAGUUUGCCAAACCAGACAAUAGUAGAUCAAUCCUAGACACUAGAAAUAUGUGUGAUUCACUAGCUCAACCAUCUUUAAGUAUGACUUUGGGAGCACCAUCAGGAACCUUAAGCCGGGGAUUGCCCUUUUCAAGUGGGAUUGCUGAUGGCCAGGAAGAGAGCAAAGGUCCUUCUUUUCAGCAGGGGCAACAAUCUCGCCCUAUAUUGCCAAAACCCUCUAGAUCUAACACUGCACUUUCAGAUACGAACAAGAGUGCAGUUCCUCAUAUGCGAAUUGCAAGACCUCCUGUUGAGGGGCGAGGGAAAAAUCAUUUACUUCCUCGAUACUGGCCGAGGAUUACCGAUCAAGAACUGCAGCAGCUAUCUGGAGAUUUGAAUUCAAAUAUUGUGCCACUCUUUGAGAAGGUUCUGAGUGCCAGUGAUGCUGGCCGUAUUGGUCGUUUGGUUCUUCCAAAAGCAUGUGCAGAAGCAUAUUUUCCUCCUAUUAAUCAAUCAGAGGGCCUUCCUUUAAAGAUUCAAGAUGUUAAGGGUAAAGAGUGGUCAUUUCAGUUCAGGUUUUGGCCCAAUAACAAUAGUAGGAUGUAUGUUUUGGAGGGUGUAACUCCUUGCAUACAGUCUAUGCAAUUGAAGGCAGGUGAUACUGUAACAUUUAGUCGCAUAGAUCCCAGCGGAAGACUUGUUAUAGGUUUUCGAAAGGCAACCAACAACGAAGACCAGCUGGACUCCCGAACAUCUGCCAUUCCUAAUUGCACUUCUUUGAAGGAGACUUCAUAUAAUGGUGGUAUUGAGAGUUUGCAUACAGUAAGUGGUUACUCUGGUAUUGUUGGGACAAUGAAAGGAGGAAUGGACCCUCACAUAAAUGCCCUAUCUGAACAUUUGAGUUCAGCUGAUAUUGAUAUUGGUUGGCACAAAAAUGAGAGCCAUGGAGACAGGAAUGGGGAUUCAUCACAUCAAUCAAUUCUGAAUGCUGAGAAGAAGAGGACUCGUAAUAUUGGGUCCAAAAGUAAGAGGUUGCUGAUGCACAGUGAAGAUGUGCUGGAGCUAAGACUUACAUGGGAGGAAGCACAGGACUUGCUUCGUCCUCCCCCUACUAGCAAGCCAAGUGUUGUCACCAUUGAGGACCUUGAAUUUGAAGAAUAUGAUGAACCCCCGGUUUUUGGAAAGAGGACAAUAUUCACUUCUCAGCCUUCUGGUGGACAGGAACAAUGGGCUCAGUGUGAUGAUUGCUCUAAAUGGAGGAAGUUACCCAUAGAUGUUCUUCUUCCACCAAAAAUAGAAUGCUUACUGCUAUGUUAUUGCGAAACUCAAGAAUAUCUGCGUUCUUCUUUUACAUCGUUUUUGUUACUCCCUUUCCUCUUUUCAUAUUGUUUCCCAGAUUUCAAGAGGAGAAGAAAUGCAGAAAGCCAGAAGGCAGACCAAGAACAUGAACCUUCUGGCUUGGAUGCUCUGGCCAGUGCUGCUGUUCUAGGAGACAACUUGGGUGAAUCGGGGGAACAAUCUGUUGGAGCUACCACCAAACAUCCCCGUCAUCGCCCUGGCUGUACAUGCAUUGUGUGCAUUCAGCCCCCAAGCGGAAAAGGAAAGCAUAAGCCCACAUGCACAUGCAAUGUGUGCAUGACUGUGAAGAGGCGAUUCAAGACUCUCAUGUUGCGCAAGAAGAAACGACAAUCAGAGCUUGAAGCAGAAGCUGCUCAAAAAGAGCAAAAUGAUAACCUGAAUGAAUCAGAACUUAAUGCAAUGACAGGGUACCCAUUGCACAAGCAUCUUUCAGAUAAUGAAGGAAGCCAUAACAGAAUUCAGGGUGAUGUGGCUGAGAGCAGCAAUUCAAUUGACCUGAAUUGUCAUCCGCAACGAGAAGAGAUGCAACUUGAGGAACCUCCAAUAAGCCUAAUGAGCCUUCUGCAAGCAGCUAACAUAGAGAAUCUUAUGAAGCAGAUGACUGAGCAACAGGCUAGUCUUGGCCCUUGUUUACUCUCACCGGCUAAUGGCCAGAGCGAGAGACACACACCAGCAGAGAAUGGUUUUGUUGCAUCUCUAGGACGCGUAGGUGAUGGUAGAAGUGAUGAAGCAUUGCGAGCUGCCCAGAGCUUAGACAGGAGCAGUAUUUCUUGAGGGAAUGUAAUGGUACUCUUAAUUUUUUUUCAAAAACAAACAAACAUAGGAAUUUUGUUUUACAUUUUCAUUGGGUUUUAUGUUUUGGAUGGUAAUCUCCAGAGAGUUUUUGGAGAAUAUAGUCUGAAACUCUUUUAUAUGUUUGGGGAUGUGCAUAUUUUGAGAAUAAUAUUUAUUCAGCUGGAAA